AUGCCGCCCAAGGAUGCGUCCACUCCCACCGUCAAAGACCAUGUGGACGCGAUGCGGCUCGUCUUGCGCACUCCCAUACCUGCUCGGCACUUCGUCCGCCAAGCCACUUCCGCCCGCCAAGCGAAGAGCCCCGGGGGCACCCUCAAACUCCCGUCGCAGGACACUCAGCGCUCGAUCCGGGCUGGGGAGACGAACGGGCGGGACACCGCGAUUCCUCUCACUAUCGAGCGGAUCAGCGAGACUGGGAAGACGCCCUACAACGACGCUGUCCGCCAGCAAGUCAAUGGCUUCCUCGACCGCAUCGAGACGGAACAGCCGACCUCGCUCAAGUUGCCGCCGAAAGUUUACAAACCCGAUCCUCCUGAUCCACUUCUCACGACGUACGGGUACGAGGAUCAACUACAAGGGUACCUGGGGGACGACUUCAAGCCGGUGGCGAUGGUCUUGCGAUCUGUCGACGGGCGCGUGUGGAAUGUCGAGAACGACAAAAACCAUGCCAAGUCGGCUUCGCCGGUCUCCGUCACCGAAGCCGACAUCGUCAUCCUGCGACUCGACGGCGGGCGGUGGGAAGGGGCCGUGACGGAGGAGAAGGCCAUGACGAAGGAACAGAUGCGGGCCAGCUACGCGAACCUCCUCAACGAUUACUCGACAUUCCCAUGCUUCGUGAGCGAGGAGGAGAAGGAGGGCAAGUUGGGGAAGGCUGGGAAGGAGGGGAGGAAUGUUCCCGUGUACUAUUGGGAUGAGAAGAGCGGGGAACUGCGACCGGUGAGAACUAACGGCACGCUCCGCCUUGGUGUGCAGCUCGCUUCCAUCGUCAGCUCUCGCAUCCGAAGGUCGAUUCACGCAGGCCUUGCCGACCCGUACAUCCCCCUCGUCGUCACGAAUGGGGACCUCUUCUUCACCGUACUCGGCAGGAACAUCACCAUUGACGGCAAGGAGUACACCCGCCUCGGUCUUACACCCCCCGAGUCGCUCGACAACUUCCCCUUGCGCGUACUCCUCUUCGGUCACGCGCUCAUGCACCAAAAAACCCCUCGCCUCCCUCCUCCUCCCGGCUAUUCGCUCGACGAUGCUCUGACGGCUACGACUCACCCUUCCACCGCGUUCGCUUCGCGUGCGAAGGCAGAGGCGGCUCUUCUCGCGCUCAAGCAGACGAAGGGCGGCGGACGCGGCGCUGGCGGCGGACCCGGCGCUGGCGGAGGAUCAGGCGAGGGUACUUCGGGCGGCGACUCGGCUGGCGGAAAGAGAGUUGGCGGCGGCGGGAAGAAGGGAGGGGAGAAAGGAGGGAAGAAAGGAGGCGGGGGCAAGUCAAGGGGCGGCGGAGCGAGUGGAGCUGGCGGACAAGUGUUGGCGUUGGCGAGCGAGCCUCAAACCCUUCCUUGGCUGCGCAGUGGAACGAAGAGGCCGGCGGAUCGCGAGGGAGGGGCCAUGUCCAGGAUUGACGGGCGUCUUUGCGAGCGGACGACGGGCGUCCUGCCUGAUCAGUUCGACUUGGUCUCAGCGUGGUGGGGCGGCGGCCAGUCGCUUCCGAUUCGCUAUGAACGUGUCACAACGCGAGACUCGCCAACGACGAGCGACGACGUCCCAACUAUUGUCAUGGAUCAGCUUCUCAGCAAGAACGGCUCACUCCUCAUUGCAAAGAGCACCUCUCUCGACCUCGUCUUCAAGGAGGUGUGCCUCGACGACGAUGCCGUCGACGAAAUCGUGAACGAGCGAGCGUGCUUCGAGCAGCUCUACCAGAACGAUGACGCACGCGACUUCCUCGUUGGCUACGUCGGCUUCUACCAGUCUAACACCGGCUCGUACUACUGCCUUGUGACGGAAGCUGGCGAGCCAGUCGAGGGCUGGAGGAGCGAGAGGGACGCGAUUGUCGACAUUGUCAAGCAGCUCCACCAGCACGGCUUCGUUCACGGCGACUUGGCUGCACGCAACAUCGUCAAGACGCCAGCCGGACUCCGCCUCCUCGAUCUGGGCCGCGCAAGGGAAGCGGACGAGGACGACUGCGCGCGUGAGAUGGAAGGGCUCAAGCGAGUCUUGGCGGGGGAGGCGGAGGAGGUCGACUACGAGUGGCUCGGCUACAGCACUUGGUAG